UGUAUAAUUAAUAAUGUAAUAUAUUAAGUAAAAUACAAGUCAUCCUAUUUAAAGUCGUUUAAUUUAAAACACAACAACAAUACAUGGUGUCAGAAGUGAAAGAAGAACCGUAAAAACCAAAUAUAGAAGAACCGUGUUAACGGAAAAAUUUUAAAACAAAAUGUCUACCGAAGGCGUCGGCGACACGAGGUGCCAUGUGGCCGGACUGAAAUGUCUAGAAAUAUCGUCGGAGGCAACCGCGAACAACGCGGAGGCUUGGAGAAAAUGGUGGCAACGACUGGAACUCUAUCUGCUGGCAUCAGGUCUGGAUAGAUCGGAGGAGAAGCGGAAGGUGGCGAUUCUGCUUCACAGCAUUGGUCCUAAAGGUCUGGAAAUAUUCAACACAUUCAACAUCAGCCUGGAUGAAGCUAAAAUAAAGGACGUCAAGGCCAAAUUCGACCUAUACUUUGAGCCACGGAAGAACUUGACCAUGUGCAGGUAUGUGUUUUUCACAAGGAGGCAAGCUCAAUCCGAGAGCAUCGACGAUUUUAUCACCGAUCUGGAGAUAAAGAGCCAGGAUUGCGAGUUCGGAACCCUGCGCGAAUCCAUGAUUCGGGAUAUUUUUAUCGCCAAUCUGCACAUGGAUCUGUCACACAUCCGUCAAAGGCUGUUGCAAGAGCCUAACCUCACAUAUGAGAGGAUGCGAGAGUUGGCGAAAACCCUAAUUGUCGCACAGCAGGAUGCAGACAAGAUGGUAAAGAAGUCCAUCGUCGAAGACGGCGAGAGGGUGAUGCUACUGCGUCAAAGAAGCGGCGGUCGACGAGUCAGCGUGUCAUCACUGCGAAGACCGCCCGGAGGACACGGUGGAACAUAUAACAUAAAACAUAUAAUAUCAGAAACAGGAACCUACCGAACCUACACACAUUGUUUGUACACGUGGUGGUGCAGAUGAAUAAAACUUUGCGGCGCUCGUACGCUAAAAACUAUUGAUUUUAUGAAAAAGUUAUCAAGACAUAAAUUGUAGGAAAUUUUUUCUAGUUUAAUUUUGUAGAUAAUUUUUUUUUCGUAAAAUGCGUCGGAACGGAGAUAUUAAUAAAAAACCGUUUUUAGGCGCCAUUUUUUCAAUAUGGCGGCGCGAGUGGCGGUUGUACGAGGUGGCAAAGUUGAAAUUCGAAAAGAGCAUACCCAAAUCUAUAAAUUCACCAAUUUUCAAAACUCCCGGAAAACAUUCCAGGUAAAACUACCAAAUGACUGGACUAUAAGUCAAUGUAUAAAGAAAUGUUAGAUAAAAUACAUAAAGGUCACCAAGGUAUAAAUAAAUGUUUGAAAUUAGCUAGAGAAUCUUUGCAUUGGCCAAAUAUGUCUACAGAUAUAAAAAACAUAGUAGAACAAUGUUUAAUAUGUGCUAAAUUCAAACCAUGUAACCAAAAGGAACCACUACAAAAUUUUGAAAUUUGUAAGUAUCCAUGGCAACAAGUCGGUAUAGAUUUAAUGUAUCUUGACAAUUUAACUUAUCUAAUUGUCACUGAUUACUACUCAAAUUUAUAGAAAUUGCUUUGUUAAAUAAAGACAGUCGUUCAAGCAACGUAAUCACACAUUCAAAGUCAAUUUUUGCACGUCAUGGGAUACCAUUAUCUUUAGUGUCUGAUGGUGGUCCACAAUUUCAGUCAGUAGAAUUUAAAAAAUUUCUAAAUGAAUGGGACAUAGAACAUGUAGUCACUAGCCCAUAUCAUUCACAGUCAGUCAAAUGGUCAAGCAGAAAGCUCAGUCAAAAUUGUCAAAAAUAUGCUAAGAAAAUGUAAGGAAAAUGGAUCAGAUCCAUACAUAGCAUUAUUGCAUUAUAGAAACACACCUAAGAAUAAUCUGUCGUCACCCGCUCAAUUGUUAAUGUCUAGAACUUUAAGAGAUAACAUACCAGUGUCAUAUAAAAGGUUAAAGCCUAAGAUAAGGUGUAAGAUUUAAAGAAUAGGAAAAGUUUGUUGUCAAAAAUAAUUUAAAUAAGUCAAAGUAUUUUAAUAGGAAUACUAAACCAUUGUCUAUGUUACAACCAAAUGAUCAUGUAUAUUUUAAGACAAAUCCUAAGAGUAAUUGGGAACAUGCCACUGUGAAGGAAAGAUAUCCAGAUAAUAGGUCAUACAUAGUAGAAGAUAUAAAUAAAGUCAGAUAUAGGAGAAAUAGGGUACACUUAAGGCAUAAAUAUUGUAAUGACAGUGACAACCCUAAUCCUAUGAGGUCCAAUUCUUCGCAGGGGAGAGAUGAGGGUGACAGACAGGAGCCGGAGAAUCCAAAAUUCCCACAAUUGUAUAAAACAAAGUCAGGUCGUGUUGUGAGACCAACACAAAGGUUAAUAGAUGAAAUAGAUUAAUUUCAAUUUAAGAAGGGGGAUGUUACAUCACUAUUUAGUAACAUUAGUUUGUGUUACCCCGUCACUAAUGUCCGAGGUCAACGACCACUGUCGUUCUUGUGUGUGGCGAGUGCAGUCGCACCUACUUAUAUAAUAUA